GUUGAGAAAAGGCAGAGAAUCCGAUGAACCAAACUCAGAUAAACAGGAAAAAUGGCUUCCGUAUUUAUAACCUCCCUUUCUUUACUGCCUCUGACAGGGUAAUAAGCUUUGGGUUCUGGAUAUGCAGGAAGCAAACACAGCUCCUUCUAUAGCUGGGGAAAUUGAAGGACAGAGAAAGUGGUUUACUGCCGGGGCUCACCUGACACCUCCCUGCUAAAGUUCAGGGUUGAAUCCAGUCCUCUUCUGCCUGCCUUCUGCAGCCGGAUUGCCUCUAGUCCUGAUCACUUCCUUUGUUUCAGCUGGGAGGCAGUUGAGUUAAAGCUCUAGCUCACUGUUUUGAACUUCAGCCCACACCCCGCCAGCAGAACAGUCGGCAUUCAUGUAGCCCAGGCCAAGGAAAGGGAGGUCUUUGUUCGGAUCAUCCCACUGGACUUGGGGAGUCCAGAGAGCACAGAAACCUGGCAGGCAGGCUUUUAAGUUAAUAGACGUUGUUUAACUGCACCAAGAGUCUGCUGCUCCCCCUGUCUUGGGGACCUGUGUGACUCAACGUGUUUGACGGCUUGCUGCUGGGAACCCAGGGCCUUUCACAGCCGCUCAGGGGCAGGGGCGCUUCUCUGGGGAGGAGGAUGCUUAUCAGGGGAGAGCUGGCAGAAGAAUACACCGUCAGUCUGAGGCGUGGAGGAGAAACCAGUGUCUGUCCUGCGGGGUUCCUGCCUAGAAGUGGCUGAAACACACAUGCUGGAAUGGCCGCCACCAGGCAAAGCCCACAUAUGUCAAAGCAAGAGAGAAACCAAAGACCGUCCAGCAUGGUCAGCGAGACGUCCACGGCUGGGACCGCGUCCACCCUGGAGGCAAAGCCAGGACCCAAGAUCAUAAAGUCCAGCAACAAAGUGCACAGCUUUGGGAAGAGGGACCAGGCCAUUCGCAGAAACCUGAACGUUCCAGUGGUGGUGCGGGGCUGGCUGCACAAGCAGGACAGUUCUGGGAUGAGGCUGUGGAAAAGGAGGUGGUUUGUGCUUGCUGAUUACUGCUUAUUUUACUAUAAAGAUAGCCGAGAAGAAGCAAUCCUGGGGAGCAUCCCUCUGCCCAGCUACGUGAUCUCACCCGUGGCCCCUGAGGAUCGCAUCAGUCGCAAGUACUCCUUUAAGGCCGUGCACACGGGGAUGCGAGCUCUCAUCUACAACAGCUCCGCGGGGGGCUCGCAGGCUGAGCAGUCGGGCAUGAGGACCUACUACUUCAGUGCCGACACCCAGGAGGACAUGAACGCCUGGGUCAGGGCCAUGAACCAGGCUGCACAGGUGCUGUCCCGAUCAUCACUGAAGAGGGAUGUGGAGAAGGUGGAGCGGCAGGCGGUCCCCCAGGCCAACCACACAGAGUCCUGCCGAGAGUGUGGCCGCGUGGGUCCUGGACACACAAGGGAUUGCCCUCACCGUGCCCAUGACGACUCCUUCGGCUUCGAGAGACGGGAGCAGGAAGAAGAGCGGUACCGUUCGCAGAGGGACCCGCUGGAGAACAAGCGAGACAGGAGCAAGGCCAGGUCCCCGUAUUCACCUGCUGACGAGGAUGCCUUGUUUGUGGAUCUGCCCAGUGGCCCCAGAGGCCAGCAGGCACAGCCCCAGCGGGCAGAGAAGAAUGGCACACUGCCCACCUCUUACGGCCCGGGAGAGCAGAAUGGGACUGGCGGCUACCAGCGGGCCUUUCCUUCCAGGGGCAACCCUGAGAAGCACAGCCAGAGGAAGAGCAGCCUGGCCCAGGUGGAGUCCUGGGCGAAGGCACAGAAGGGGGACAGCAGGAGCCUGCCUUUGGAUCAGACGCUGCCGCGGCAGGGCCCUAGCCAGUCCCUGUCCUUCCCGGAAAGCUACCAGACUCUUCCCAAGAGCACCCGGCACCCCUCGGGGAGCUCCUCGCCACCUCCCCGCAACCUGCCCAGUGACUACAAGUAUGCCCAGGACCGAGCCAGCCACCUGAAGAUGUCCAGCGAGGAGCGCCGGGCGCACCGGGAUGGCACCGUGUGGCAGCUGUACGAGUGGCAGCAGCGCCAGCAGUUCCGGCACGGCAGCCCCACGGCGCCCAUCUGUGCUGGCUCCCCGGAGUUCAGUGACCAGGGCCGGAGCAGGAGCAUGCUGGAGGUGCCCCGCUCCAUCUCCGUCCCUCCUUCGCCCUCGGACAUCCCUCCCCCAGGACCCCCAAGGGUCUUUCCGCCCCGGAGGCCACACACACCAGCAGAGAGGGUCACCGUGAAGCCACCGGACCAGAGGAGGAGUGUGGACAUCUCUCUUGGUGGUUCUCCCAGGAAGGCACGGGGGCACCCCACCAAGAACUCCACUCACUUGGACCGGCGCUCCAUGCCCUCCAUGGGUUACAUGACCCACACUGUCAGCGCUCCCAGUUUACACGGGAAAUCGGCUGACGAUACCUACCUCCAGCUGAAGAAAGACCUGGAGUACCUGGAUCUAAAGAUUAAAAAUAAUGAGCCUUUGAUCAACGUGCUUUACAAAGUGCUGAAGAAGUCAGCACGGGGCUGUCGGCCCAGGAGGAGCAUGACAGGCCGGGACCUUCUCAAGGACCGAAGCCUAAAGCCUAUGAAGAUCGCUGAGAGUGACAUUGAUGUCAAACUGAGCGUCUUCUGCGAACAAGACAGGAUCCUCCAGGACUUGGAAGACAAGAUUCGGGCUCUCAAGGAAAACAAAGACCAGCUGGAGUCGGUGCUGGAGGUGUUGCACAGGCAGAUGGAGCAGUACCGGGACCAGCCCCAGCACGCGGAGAAGAUCGCCUACCAGCAGAGGUUGCUGCAGGAGGACCUCGUCCACAUCCGAGCUGAGCUCUCCAGGGAGUCCACCGAGAUGGAAAACGCCUGGAACGAGUACCUGAAGCUGGAGCGUGACGUGGAGCAGCUGAAGCACGCGCUGCAGGAGCAGCACAGGAGAGCCUUCUUCUUCCAGGAGAAAUCGCAGAUCCAGAAAGAUCUGUGGAGGAUCGAAGAUGUCCUUGCAGGUCUGAGUGCAAACAAAGAGAACUUCAGAAUCCUGGUGGAAUCGGUCAAAAAUCCUGAGAGGAAAACGGUGCCUUUGUCCCCUCACCCGCCUGUGCCUUCACUCUCGAUGGCGGAGAGCAAGCCGCCCCCGCAGCCCAGCCCUCCCUCCAGCCCUGUGCGGACCCCUCUGGAGGUCCGACUUUUCCCCCAGCUGCAAACCUACGUGCCCUACCGACCUCACCCACCCCAGCUGAGGAAAGUGACGUCUCCCCUUCAGUCACCAACCAAGACCAAGGCCAGCGUUGAAGACGAGGCACCUCCCAGGCCGCCCCUCCCUGAGCUCUACAGCCCCGAGGACCAGCCGCCGGCUGUGCCCCCGCUGCCCAGGGAGGCCACCAUCAUCCGGCACACUUCCGUGCGGGGCCUCAAGCGACAGUCGGAUGAGAGGAAGCGGGACCGGGAGCUGGGGCAGUGUGUGAACGGGGACUCGAGGGUGGAGCUCCGGUCCUACGUCAGCGAGCCUGAGCUGGCCACCCUCAGCGGGGAUGCGGCCCAGUCCUCCCUGGGCCUCGUGGGCUCCGAGAGCAGGUACCAGACGCUGCCAGGCAGAGGGCUCUCGGGGUCCACGUCAAGGCUGCAGCAGUCAUCCUCCAUCGCUCCCUACGUCACGCUCCAGAGGGGCCUCAAUGCCGACAGCAGCAAGAGACCCAAGAGUGCCUUGGAGCGCCUGUACUCAGGGGACCAGCCGCGCGGCCGGAUGAGCGCCGAGGAGCAGCUGGAGCGCAUGAAGCGCCACCAAAAGGCCCUGGUCCGUGAGCGCAAGAAGACGCUGAGCCAAGGAGAGCGGACAGGCCCGCCCGCGGCGCGCUACCUCAGCCCCCCGCUCCCCGGGGACCUGGGCUCAUGGAAGCGCGAGCAGGACUUUGACCUGCAGUUGCUGGACCGGGCCGUGCAAGGGGAAAGAAAGGACAAGGAGGAGGAUGGCUGGUUGAAGGUGCAGGCCAUGCCUGUCACCGAGUUGGACCUGGAACCUCAAGACUAUGACUUGGACAUCAGCAGAGAGCUGUCCAAACCAGAGAAGGUCUCCAUCCCAGAGCGCUACGUGGAGCUGGACCCCGAAGAGCCACCCAGCCUUGAGGAGCUGCAGGCUCGUUAUCGUAAAGCCGAGAAGAUCCGCAACAUCCUCGCACGGUCAAGCAUGUGCAACCUGCAACCACCGUCAGGCCAGGACCGCAACAGCGUGGCCGACCUGGACUCGCAGCUGCAGGAGCAGGAGCGCAUCAUCAACAUCUCCUACGCCCUGGCCUCCGAGGCCUCCCGACGCAGCAAGCAGGUGGCAGCGCAGCAGCUGGCUCUCCUCCCGCCUAAAGGGCCCCUGUCCUCCAGGACGGUGCCACCUUACCCCCCUUUAAGCAACGGACUCCACUACACCUUUGUCUAACAGCUGCAACCCAGGCAGUGACGGACCCAUGAUCCAACGUGCAGAGGAGAAGCCUGGAAUCAGCUUCCUCAGAGGAGAUCAACCAUUCUGCCUGCACGGAAAUCUCUCCCAGCUACGUGGGGGCGCCGGCUGGAGGAAGGGGCUGCCCGCACCGACGGGACAGUCACCACAGGGCUAGGGCCCAACACACACCCACUCACUUUCCUUCGGACUCCUUUUGAUCUGUGACAGAGGCACUUUUGAUACACACUGUAAAAUACUGACACUGUAUCUUAGACUAUGUUUGCUAAUGUUCACCUCAAGGACUGAGUGGCUGGCAAGGUGAGGAUGCAGACUUUUGUAGCCGCACACACAGGUUCAGGUAUGAUUUGGGUGACAGGUGCGGGUCGGGGAGAAGGGCAGGGCAAGCAAGGCCAGUCCAGCUUCUGAUGGACUCAGGUGAAGGCUGGACUUGAGAGCACGCCUCCUGGGAUGCCAGCGUUGGGCUCUCUUGCGUGCUGUCUGGGAGACAGUGGCACUUGGCUGUAGCGGGCCGCCAUCCCCAGCACCACACGGACUCUGGGCAAAACCCCACCAGGAUGGUGCCUUGAUCCUUGGGUUUGGUUCAGGGUAACAGUGUGUUCAAAAGCUUUGGGCUCCUCAUCCAUGAGGUUCCCUCAGCAAAGGGCUUUUCUCAAAAAGAAAAAGACAAAAAAAAAGUUUUCUUUAGUUUUCAGACAUAGGCUUUUUAGUCCAGGAAAGGAGAGAGGAAGCAACUUUUAUUGGAUCAUAGCAAUAAACUCCACGCGGGGUGGCAUCUGCCCGAAAGACUCUGAUGGGAUGGAUUCCUUCAACCUGUGAUGCGAACCUUUGCUGCUGUCCUGGGCAGCACCAGGUCCGCCUCCCUAGGACUUGGGCCACCGGAUGGCCUGCCACCCAGGGCUGCGACUUGACUUACAGCUGACAAUGAGGAGGCGGCUACGAAGCCAGGUGCAGUGCUUGUGGGUCUUUAAGUCUUUUCAUGAUAGUCUCUAUACCCAAAAACAAAAACAACCAAACUCUGGUGGGUGGAGCCACUCUUUAAAGGAAAAUUUGUUUUUGACUAUGUUCAGAAAAAACAGAAUCUUGAAUAUAUUUAGAAGUUGCCGUCUAUUUUUAACUAACUCCAUAUGCUGCCAGUAUCGACUUCAUGACAUUUGCCAAAAUAAAAUUUUAUUUUUGCCUUUAUAAGAUUUUGUUGGAAAAUGAAAUGAAUAUUUUGCAAGAAGAAGGUUAAUUUAAAUAAGAGUGUAAUGGUUUGCAGAAAAAAAAAUGUGAUGUACAGAUUAAAAUAUUAACCUGA